AAGAUGACCGACACGGUCUCGCCGAGGGUGAAGUAUACACGAUGUGCUGACCCGAUAGUCGUAGGUAGAUAACAUGUUUGAUUCUAAGUAUGUAGUUCGAAUCGCAGUAAACUAACAUUGUCCGCCGCUGCGCCUCGCACCGCAUCUCAGAGUGCAUCGAGAUUGGACGGCCGACUCGUUGCACGGCACUUACUAUCUACCAUAUGCAUGUUUGUCGUCCUCCUCGCCUUUCUCCGGCCUCGGGAUCAUAUCCUCGACAACGUAUGCUAGAUUUGGCCCACAAUGAGAAUUGCUACCAUUGAACGCCGCAUUUGGAGGAAACAUUGAGCGGACUGAUCUAUAUAAAUAAUACCCAUGGAUCUGGUAUGCGUUCAUCCCUCCCCUCGGACGCUCAUGCAACUCACACCGCUCAGCCCUGGCGAGGCAACGCAACAGAGCACUCUCGAUGUCACGCAGGCCCCAUGGACUAGGUGGCUGACAGUCGAACCAUGCGGAUGGUCUCCAGAGCAAAGGCGAUUCUUGGUGACGUUAUACAUACGGAGCACGACAUUUGAUGUCGCUUUGGUAACUCGUGGGUCUGGCGACAACGAACCAUGCGACAUUGCGAGGACAGCGAGCGUUGUGUUCGCCCGUCUUCCUAGCAAUUACUUCGUCUUGAUGGUGAAGUCCAAAGACACGGGUCCAGAGGCGGAGGACGAGUAUCAUACGUUGAUACUCACAGCAGGCGUGUCAUUCGAGUUUUCGGAGAUGGCCUUGUCCAUACGGUGGAGGGAGGACCACAGGUUGUUCGCCGUCAGCUUCAAACGAUUCCAAGAAUUUUGGGCAACGGUGGCGUGCAUUCGUAUGGCGAGGAUCCAAUCAGGCUGCCACCCCGAGCUGAGGACUGCUUUUGACGAGGCCGAGAUUCUUCGAGUUCGACUGCAGCAACUCGAAGAAAGGGCAUUCACUACUGCCUUGGAGGCCUCAACGUCAGUCGCCUAGUCUUUGCCCGCACAAGUGCGCAUCAAUCUAACCGCCUUUGUAUAAUCUCACACAAGGUGCGCGCGCAUUUAUGAGAAUGCGCUUGAGCUUCGUACCCUCUUCUG